CCUAUUCUUACAACAACUCCUCCUUUGAUCAACUUUCUUACAACCCCCGACAUUGACUAGUCAUUAUUCAUUUUCUUUCAUCUGUCGGUACAAAAAACAAACCACCAAACAAAAGAAAUACACAAAUCAAUCUCCAUCCUUCUCAUUUUUUUCCUUUAAUGGAGUCAUUAUCAUCAUCUACUUCACAAGAACUCAAUGAAAUACAACAAACAGACCUUCCUUCAUCAUCAUCAUCAUCAUCCAUAAGACCCGUUUCAAGAACUGAGGCUCCGAAUAAUAUGGUUAUGGGCAAACAUCGUCUUGCUGCUGCAGUUUCUGCUCUCAAUCAGCAAAUCCAAUUCAUUCAGGAAGAAUUGGAUCAGCUUGAUUCAAUUGGUGAAGCCUCCAUUGUUUGCAGAGAAUUAGUUUCAAGCGUUGAGUUAAUACCCGAUGCUCUGCUUCCAGUGACUAGGGGACCAAUAAAUGUUCAUUUGGAUCGAUGGUUUCACGGAACUAAUGAUUCAAGACGCAACAAACGCUGGAUAUGAAAGGAAUUCAGAGUUUUAAGACCCUUUAUUCCUCACCAAAUUGUAACAGAGAUUAAGUAAAGCAAUUCCAAUAGCAUCUUCAUUUUUGGUUUCUUUUGUAAUUAGAAAUUUCAAUUUCUGUGAUGAAAACAGACAUGCAUGUUAAUUUCAACCAAACAAAUCUUGUAUUUGAGUGGAGAAAGGCCAAAGAACCGGUCCAUUAUCCAUUGAGUUUUAAACCAUG